CACACCUUUUGUUACGUACAUACUUCCUCACCCUUCCUCUUUUUCUUCUUCUCUCUCCACCCCUUCUCUCCUCCCUCCUCCUUCCCUUUUCUCUCUCUUACCUCUUCUCCAACAUAAGUAGAUAAUGCCACAGAGGCCGUUGGAGGAGGCGCCACCACCCUUAUCCACCGGAGGAGGACCGCAAGGCAACAGUAGCAGCAACAGCACCACUUCCGUUGCAUCGCGAUCGCCCGCUUACGACACUGCCUUUACCAAUGACAAAAGCAGAAGCCAAAGUGCUUUGAACCUUGGCUCUAUUUUGAAUCCGGUAUCGUUAAGCUCAGUGUCUGCACCACCACCACCACCACCAAGGCAUAGUAGCAGUACUGACGAUCGCUGUUACCAACAAAGACAUCCGCAACCGCCGUCAACACAAGGAAUGCCGGCUGUAAUCCAAGCACAUGCACAACAACAGCAACGUCAACUGUCAAACGAUAGUGGCGUGCUUGAAUCACAAACGCGAUCGCCACACGGGUAUACUAAUGGAACAAGUAGUGAAACAUUAGUGCCAAUAUUUUCACAAGACGCGACAGUGGCGGCAGAAGUCGUGACAAAAACGGCAAACAAGCGUGGCAGUAAUAGUAGUAACGGCAGUCGCAGCGGUAGUAGUGGUGGGGGUGAUAUGCCAAAACAACUUCCACACCGCAAACGAACAAAGGACAAGUCGACACCCUCUACCAUUGCUUCUGUUGCGGAAGGUGCAACACUGAAAUGGCAACCGGUGGAAACGCCUCAGGACCAUUUUGGUGAACAGCCGCACUACGUGUAUGCCUCCAUUUCCGCACUGCCACCCACAAACGGGCAUCACCGUCCUAGUCGACCACCACCGCCGCCACCACUACCGUCAUCGUCACCUUCGUCUUCAGCAGCAGGGGAAUUAAUACCACCACCGCCACCUUCAUCAGCAACAACACCAGCAGAUGUGCGCCAGAUACCAACAAUGUCAAUGCACGCUCCGCCCAUCGAGUUUAUCAACAGUACACCUGGUUAUCAUCCACAGAACAGCAAUGGUAGCCAUCAUCCCCAUUAUUAUCCACAGCAACAAGAAGCACCACCACCACAGUCGUACGAUACCCUUCCUAGACCAAAUUCAGCACCGAUGUAUACCGUUCCAUCGCCUACCGGAAACCAUUAUUACUACUACCAUUACCCUACGCCAGAAUCGCCUAGUAACAGCUCAUCAACGACCCCGCCCUUUUUCAGCACUAAUAAUGACAUUCAACAACUUCCUCCUCCUCCUGCUGCUGCUGCUGUUACUACUUCUUCUACAGCGAACACGCGGAAACGAAGUUUGCCUGUGGAUCACAGCAAUCAACCUAAACGUGUACGUCAAAACAGUGAUGUUGUUGCGCCCUUUCCCAUGCCGCCCAACACUGCUACUAUUCAUCCUCAUCACCAACAUCCUCAAUAUCACCAUCAGCAUCAGCCACCGCCACCAUAUCCAGAAACUUACAUGUACCAUCCGCCUCAACAGUAUCAGCAUCAGCAUCAGCACAAUCCAUAUCUACCACCACAACCGUAUCCAGCUUAUUAUUUGCAAGCGUCCCACCAACCGCCGCCGUCUAUGGAUCCUAAUGCAAUGCCGCCGCAUUAUAUUCAACAACAGCCAAUCAUACAACCCUCUGCGAGACCACCACCACCACCACCUCCAACACCACCUAUCAAAGAGAAAAAACCAAAGAAAACAAAGACUGCAAGCACAGCAGAACCAGGGAAACCGGCGAAAAAGGGACGACCGUUAAAGAAUCCGCCCUCUGCAGCGGCAUCAAAAGCAACAGCGACAACGCAGCCACAACACGACGCAGGAUCGUCGUCUUUAAAACCUAAAGUAUGCAAAAUGGGAAAAAAUAAUAAUUCUCAAUAUAGGAGGUUACACAGAGAAUGGGGUGGCGUCUGUCAGCGUUUUCCUCGAUCUGGUCACACACUGACGAUCAAAAACAUAUUUUUUUUUAGGAAUUAUCAGCUACACCUGACGCUACUGCUAAUACAGCAACUGAAUUGGCGACAACUGACGAAUCAGCACAAGUAAAGAAGGUACCGAAAAAACGAGGACGACCGCCAAAAUCCGAAGCACAAAAAGCAGCGGAAAAAGCAGCCAAUGCAGCAAAAAAGAAGGCCAACAAGAAGACUGCA